CUCUGUCCCUGCACUGCGCUCAUCACCUGUCCUCGCCUCCCAACGCUGAGUCGCUGAGUCGCUGACGAUACGCUCCUCUCUCACUCGCGUCCUGCAUGUGCUAUACAACACUACAUACACUACACUACACUACACUACCUACUGCCUGCCUGCCGCCUACACUAUUCGUCCCAUGUUCUCUGCUUCUGCCACCCUCUCCCGUACACAUCCACAUCGCAGCACUCCACUUCUACUACUACCACCACCAUCACCACUCCCUCUAGUUCUACUGUACACACCGCGGCCGCUCUACGGCCCCGGCGCGACCGCAUCGACUGCCCAGCGUAUAUUGACCUGAUGGUCCCCGACGUCUUCAUUGGAUCUUCGUUCGACGCUAUUACUAAACACCCGGCCGUAGACAUUAAAUCCAAUUCUCUGGAGCCCGGCACCUCACCAAGCUCGACGUGGGCCGCAGACCGAACGCUUGAACGCUCGCGCCCGUCGCGGAUAGCCCAUAAGACUCGUGCUGGUGCCUUUCCCUUGCUUGGAAGAAACCACACACCCUGGUUAGGGUAGGGUACGCGCAUGCCAUGCUGGUGCCGAGCUCAUUCAAAUACAGCUCGGCUGCCAUGGACACCCCGAGCCAGAGAGGUCCACGACCACCCGUCCUCAAACUGCCAUACCGUGAAAGACAGCACUCGCCCCCACCGAGAUCAGUCUCGUCGAGGCCGACCACCGAACCUGUCAGCAUCCCGUCGCCGAAAGUGACCAAUGUUGCUCAGUCAGGACGGACCCGAUCAGGAUCGCACUACACUAUCAUGUCUGCCGAGCGGAGCGCAUCUGUCAACAUUGCUCGUAGAGAACCUUCAGCCUAUGGCCCCAAUGGCCUGCCACCCGCCGUGGCCACACUGCUCGCCGUCACAGCCAUACCACCACGUCGACCGAAUCGCUAUCGGACGAAGCCUGGUAGCCAUCGCCGCAUAUCUAUAGAAGAGUUGAUUAAUGACUGGAAGAGUGACGAUACUUUCAAACAGAGUGUGGGCAGUCCUGGCAGUGUGGCUCUGAACACACUCUUAGAGGACGACGAUGAUAUGGGGCCGGAGAGUCACGAUGCUACGGAGCCAGGCUACCUGAACGCUCGAUCUGCGUCCAGCGACUCGAUGCCAUCUCUGGAUUCUGAUAGUCAGUCCGUACUGUCCAUCGGCAGCGUUUCGACACCAGGGUCGUUGCGCAGUCGCCAGUCUUUCAGCACUCUCAGGAAGGACAAGUCACGAUCACUUGCUGCCUCGCAAGACUGUGCCUUUGAUCAUCCUUUGAUCACUCGUGUCGAUGACGACGAUCAUGACGAGCUGCUCUUCUCCAUGCCGAAACACACUCUCGCCACGAAGAAGUCCAAGACGUCGUUCAAGUCGAACCUGACUGCCUCAUUGCAAACGCUGAAAGAGGCAGCCGUGAACUCCAUCUCUUCGCUUCGUCGGACCGGCUCGAUGCCAUCCCUAUCGAGAGCGGCUGCGUCGCCCAUGGAUGACAUGCUGUGGUCUCACCCUUUUCUGUUCCCACGGUUUAGUUCUGAGACGCGACCCGCUUACGACGGGACACCCACUCCCGCUCAGCGCCGCUAUUUGAACCCCAUGCCACUCACCUUCGAGGAGCAAGAAGCACCCUUCCAGGAAGCUCUGCAUGCACCAUUCCUAGCAGAAGCAGUCGACCAAGCACCUACCAUACAAUUGCAGACGUAUAACCGUGGCCGCAAGAGACCCAGCCCCAAAAGGUCGGCACCAAGCCCCGGCUCUGAGGCCGGCAGGGCUCUGCUUGGCCAAGUUGCUGGCCGACAACGGGAUGUGAGAGAAAACUCCAACUUUCUCCGCGUAGUCGUCCUGGAGAUGAAUAUGCGACGUGAAGGCAAAAUCGAGCAGGGCAAAGCCAAAAUCUGGCUACCGCCGCGCCAGUCCAGUGCAAGCCCCGUCCAGCAAGGUCGCGUGCCUCAGCGCUGGGUGGGAGAGAGUGCCUGAUGUUGGGUUCAUCUCUUGAUUUUGAUUUUCCAUUUAUUUUUAUUGUUUUUUUGGGGCAUGUCUGUUGAAUACCUAGUGGCGCUGAGCGCGCACAGCUGAUAUCCAUGGUGAAGCGUUUUUAGCGUAACGCAUUAUGAACUGAAACGGUGGACAACAUAACAUAUUGAUAGGUAUCGAGGGAAAUGGGGACUAGAAGAAGAAGAAGAGAGAAAGAAAGGAAGAAGAAAUGGGACAAUGGGUACCUAGAGGAAGGAUGAAGAGCUUCACAGCUGGCUUUCACCAUUUUUGUUUGGAUCUUUUUUGGAUAGUACCAUGCAUGGCAUGAAAGACGACGUAACCAAGAUUCAAGAAUCUCAAAUGAUGAUGACUAUCAG